AUGCCUGUUCUCGAUACGCGACUCAUCCAGGAGGGGAUGAUGGAAGUUGGUCACGAGAUUAUGAAAAGGAGCGUCGACCACACUGUACUAGAGACACUGGCAGUGGCUGGCACAUGUAUAUUUGGUGUGGGCGGCUUCAUUUACUGGAUCAACCACCGUCAACAGCAGAAGCUAAUGUACGCAACUCUAGGUUGCAGUAACCACGCACUCACCACAAACAUUACGAAAGACCGCGAACACCGAAAUAGAGACAGCGCAAACAUCAAGACACCAGCGAUACUUCAAUCCGAAGUCGACCUGCCAAAUAUCACGAGAUACCAGGCAACGUUCAGAGGCAACGACAACUUUUACAAAGCGAUGUCAUUUGGCCAUACCAAUCUUUGUGGAUUAGAAAUGCUUGUUAGCGCAAACAGUUACAGAUUGCUCGGAGACUUGGGCUGGGAUCAGUGGCCAGUGUUGAGAAUACUGGCCAAUGCGCCAAACGGCUACGCCAUUCGCCACGGAAUUGUUUCAACAAACUAUGAUAAAGGCGGAUUUUCCGUUGACCAUCUUUUCUUUCUCGAGCCUGAGAUUUCGAAUAUGGACCGCCUUCAAUGCGAUAAGUCCAUUCUCAGUCUUCCCUAUCCACAAGCCGACGCCGCUCACCAUGAUGACAAAAAUCCAUACAUUGAGGGAUCAUGUUCUGCCUUGAGAAUGCGCGAGGCUGAUACACUGAAUAAGCCGCAUAUCUCAGCGUUGCUUGGAUCAAUAGCUAUGAUGCUUUUGACCUUCAACUUUCUUCCUAAUCCGCUGCCAGUCUUCAUCUGCUGCUGCCCAAGCAGAUGCCGUGUUUCCCGGUGUUAUCAAAUGCUCAACUGCACGAUUCAUCUCGCCUGCGAUGCUUGUGGUGCCUGUGACGCCGCUAUCUGCUCGUUCUGUCGCGUAUAA